AUGGACUUUUCCCCCUCAGACAAACAAGAACCCAUCGCUAUCAUUGGAGCCGCAUGUCGCUUCGCUGGUGGAGCAUCUUCUUUAGAAUCAUUAUGGGAUAUGAUCAGCAAGGUCAAGACUGGCCACGGUGCAGUCCCUGGCGAUAGAUGGGACAGCAACAUGUGGUAUCAUCCUGAUCCAGACCGCAAAGGCGGCAUUCUCCCACAGCAUGGUUACUUUCUGGAGCAGGACGUUGGCCACUUUGACGCCCCUUUUUUCUCUGUAACGGAGAAGGAGGCUGCUUCUAUGGACCCCAUGAAGAGAAUGCUGCUGGAGGUAUCUUAUGAGAGCUUUGAAAAUGCUGGGAUACCGAUGGAGCACCUAAUGAAUAGCCGGACGGGGUGCUACGUCGGUUGCAUGACAAACGACUACGAAAUGAUCUCGUUGCACGACAUCUACGAUAUCGGUCAUCCAGCAGCAACCGGACUCAGCGAAGCCAUGACCGCAAAUCGCGUGUCUUGGUUCUUCGGCCUGAAAGGUCCCAGCUUGACCCUCGAUACUGCUUGUAGCUCUUCGCUCUACGCACUUCACUUGGCGUGUCAGUCCUUGAGGCUGGGGGAAACAAAUAUGUCACUCAUCACAGGGGUUAACCUUCUCAUCAAUCCCAAUACCUCACACCAGUUGACUGCAAUGCAUAUGCUAAGCCCCGAAGGCAUCUCACAUACCUUCGAUGACCGAGCCAAUGGAUAUGGCCGUGGGGACGGCAUUGGAGCUAUGGUCAUCAAGCGUCUCUCAGACGCCCUACGCGACGGUGAUACGAUCCGCGCAGUGAUUCGUGGAUCUGGUGUCAACGCCGACGGCAAGACCCCCAGUGUCACUCAACCGAGCUCCACGGCACAAGCCGAACUCAUCAUCCAGACCUAUGAGGAUGCUGGCUUGGAUCUGUCGCAAACAGGUUACUUCGAGUGCCAUGGGACAGGAACACCCAUUGGUGACCCUCUCGAGCUUACUGCAAUUGCCUCGACCCUGGGUGCAGCGCGACGCGCAGCUGGAAAGCCCCCUCUCCACAUUGGAAGCAUCAAACCCACGGUGGGUCACACAGAGGGUUGUGCUGGUCUUGCCGGUGUUUUCAAAUCCAUAGUACUACUGGAAAAAGGAAUGCUGGUCCCUACUUUCGGCGUAGAUCGGAUCAACCCAAAGCUCAAGUUAGCUGACUGGCAUCUUACACUCCCUGACGAAGUUGCCAGAUGGCCCACACCAGGGCUGCGUCGAAUCAGUGUCAACUCCUUUGGCUUUGGUGGAGCAAACGCUCACGUCAUCCUGGAUGAUGCGUACCAUUAUCUCCAUGACAGGGGGCUAGAGGGCAGGCACAACACCGUCAUCGGUGACUUUGGCUCAGACUCCGGAUUCGAGGAUACAUCAGUCAACGGAGCCGACGAGCCCGGCAAGAAGCUAUUCGUUUUGAGUGGUAAGGACCAGACUGGAGCUAAGCGAGUGUCCGAGGCUCUCCAUGUAUGGUUGCAACAAGAUCCCGAGGACCAAAGCGAUCCAGCCUUGUUGGAGAAUCUCGCAUUCACACUUGCUCAUCACCGCACGCAUCUGGAGAACAGAACUUUUGUCAUUGCAAAUUCGGCAUCCCAGCUCAUAGAAAAGCUAUCCAAAGGCCUGGUGGCUUCGACUCGCUCACAACGACAUGGCAGCAACCUCGUUAUGGUGUUUACCGGUCAGGGCGCUCAAUGGCCAGUAAUGGGUCUGGAACUGCUCGUGAACUCCACGUUUCGCUCAAGCAUAGAGACCUCGCAAACUUAUCUAGAGGAAUUUGGUUGCACGUGGAAUGCAAUCGAUGAACUGAGCAAGAAAACAAAUUCCAAUAUCAACCGCCCCGAGUACAGCCAGCCACUAUGUACGGUGGUUCAAGUCGCCUUGGUUGACCUGCUUCGCUCCUGGGAGGUCCUGCCCAAAGCUACAAUCGGUCACUCGAGCGGCGAGAUUGCUGCUGCAUACGCCGCAUCUCUUCUCUCACACUACGACGCCAUAAAGCUGGCCUACGUUCGAGGGGUCAGUUCCGCCGCAGUAUCUAAGCCAGGUGCAAUGAUGGCUGCUGGUAUUUCCGAAGAUGAGGCCCAGGAAUACCUUGCAAAAGUCCCCACCGACUCUGCUGUAGUUGCUUGUGUCAACAGUCCAUCCAGCGUGACGCUCUCUGGCGAUGUCGAUGCUAUUGCUCAGCUUGAAACCCUGAUAUCGGGCGAUGGUAAAUUCGCCCGCAAGCUCAAGGUCACCACUGCAUACCACUCACCUCACAUGCGUGAGGUCUCGUCAACCUACUUGGACAUGAUUGGCGAACUACAACCGAAGGAGGCCGACGGGGAAGGCGAAGCACCAGUUAUGUACUCGUCUCUGACGGGAUCCAUUGUUACUUCAGCGAAAGAGCUCAAUGCUCAGUACUGGGUUAACAAUAUGCAGAACCCCGUCAGGUUUUCCCAGGCGUUGCUGGCACUCUUAAAGCACAAGAGAGCUGCAGCAGGGGGCAGUCGGCCAGUGGCAAUACAAUGGGGAAGCUUCCUCGAGGUUGGCCCUCACGCCGCCCUCCAAGGACCCGUGCGGCAGAUUAUCGACGCAAGUAAUAACAAAUUUGCCAAGUCUGCCCCAUCCGUCUCUAUGCUUGUUCGUGGCCAGGACGCAACGGAGACGGCUCUGAACGCCGCGGGUGUGCUGUGGGCGACUGGCUGCCCGAUCAAGCUGGCUGAAGUCAACCAGGAGACAUCAACGGGAAGCAACCUCCCUCAAAUGCUUUGUAACUUGCCCAGCUAUCCUUGGAACCAUGCAAAGAGUUUCUGGCACGAAUCAUACGCGUCUCGGUCGUAUCGUUUCCCCCCACACGCGCGCACCGACUAUCUGGGAAUGGCCGAGGACUCCCAAAACACCCUCGAGCCACGAUGGAGGAACUACUUGCGCAUCUCAGAGAACCCAUGGAUUGAGGAUCACAUCAUCACCGGAACUGUGUUGUACCCAGGCGCGGGCAUGCUGGUGAUGGCAUUGGAAGGCGCAUUGCGCAUUGCCGACUCUUCCAAGACGAUUGAAGGUUUCCGCAUGAACGAUGUCACGUUUGAACGUGGUCUGGUCAUUUCCCUGGACGAAGAAACCCCGGUGGAGACGCGCAUCAGUUUCUACCCCGACCGAACACGGACUGGCUCAUGGGCCUUCACUGUCUAUUCAAUGACUAACGGCUCGCCAUGGGCGAAGCACUGCGCCGGGACUGUCACUGUUGUGUACGACAAGGGAGCCAGUGAUAUUGAACCUGGCGGAGUGAAUGCCUUGUGGCAGCAGCAGUUGGCCACACACAGGGCACUACUAUCCGAGACAGAUUCCGUAAAUGUCGACGCGGGUGCGUUCUACAAGAACCUAGGGGAUAUUGGCAUGCAAUAUGGGCCAUCCUUUUGCAAUGUCAAGUCUCUCACGGCAGUGCCCUCGAGAAAGGCGUCGUACGGGUCGGUGACUGUUCCAAACACCAAGUUGACAAUGCCCAGAGGAUAUGAGACCCCCCACCUCAUUCAUCCAGCAACCAUGGACUCCAUAUUCCAUUUAGUAAUUGCAUCUCUCGCCGCAGGCCAACCUGUGAAACAAGCCGUGGUCCCGUAUAGCAUUGACGAGAUUUUUAUCGCCCAUGAUCAGCCUAAGGAGGCUGGAACACUCUACUCUGGCUACGGUCGCUUACUCUCGCAGAUUGGCCACGAGAUCACUACAGAACUCGUUGUCGCUGACGAGAACUGGACACGGCCAAGGCUGACUGUCAAGGGCUUUGCCCUUCGCCAGGUGACUUCUGACACCGGCGUAGAGAACUUAGACGCCAUUUCUUCUCGUCGUCCCACACGGAAAUGCGCUGACAUCUCGUGGAUUCCCGAUCUGUCCUUUGUCACCAGCAGCAAGCAGCUCGCCACGAUCAGUUCUUCCAGAAACGCGGCUGGCUUGGUCGCCAGCUGGCUCGACUCCAUUUUCUUGAAGGAGGCAAACGCCAGUGUCCUUGUUAUCUUGUUUGAUCAAUCUGAAUCUAGUCUCAAUGUGCUUCAUCGCCUCAACAGCCAGAGGUAUGGACCCAAGAGGAUCACUGCCGUCGCUGCAUCCGAGUCCAUCUCGCAGACGAUGAAGAAUACCCUGGGAGAAGGUACUGAGAACCUGGACAUCACAUAUCAGACAUUGCCUCAGAGCCUCUCUGUCGAGAUGCUGGACGCCGAAGACAGUGAUGUCGUUCUCGCUCUGGGGGUUCCCGACCUCGUUGCACACGCUACCACGCUAGCGAAGCUGGCUCCUCUGGUAUGUCUCACUUCUACUAGUCACCGAGGCAAAGUCGACCCCAUUCCAUCAGAGAGAACGUGGCUUGGCAGCCUUGCAGAGGAUGAUAUCUACGUACUGUGCGGUUCAAGGCCAAAGUCCCUCGCGGUUGAGCUGCCGGACACGGUCGUGAUCCUCCUGCCGGACACAACAUCCAUAGCUCUCCGUAUAUUUGCGGCGGAGCUUCAGGCAAGGCUUGAGCGAGCCGGUCACUCGGUCUCUCAGACGAGUUUUACUCCCGAGGGUAUAGCUUUACUCUCUCACAAACAUGUUAUAUCUCUGCUUGAAAUUGACAGUCCUCUCGUGUACGCCUGGAGCGAGGAUCAAUUCAACACAUACAAGAAACUCAUCUCUACAGUAGGCCAUCUCUUCUGGAUUACGCACGGCAGCGUGAUAGAGAGUUGGUCGAAUGGGGUUGAAUUUGCGACGACCCAGGGCCUGUUCCGCGUGAUGCGUAACGAAUAUCCCAUUGCUGUCCUGCCUGUUCUCGACCUGUCCGCAGUCGCUGACAUUUCCAGCCCUCAAUACGCGGACCUGGUCCUCGAUGUGUGGCGAUCAUCUCUGCCGGAUGACGGAGAAACAGAAUACGCCGAAUACAACGGCCUGAUCUAUAUCCCUCGAGCCACCGAGGACGCAGGCUUCGAUUACGAGCUUCAGCUGGCAAACAAUACCGCGAAGCCAAUCGAGUCGACCCUUGGGACUGCUGGGCAGCCACUAGUAGCAAGUGGCUUGACAUCAGAUCAAGCGUUUAUCUGGACCUCUGAUGAUGAGGCCCAAUCGCCCCUUGAAGAAGGUCAAGUCGAGAUCAAGAUCGAGUAUUCUGGUGCAGCGUUGGGCCACGCGUCGACCUCUGUCCGCCACGCCGUCGGAGCUAUCUCUCGCCUUCACAACUCGGUUAGGGCUCUGCAGCUUGGCCAGCGCGUUGUUGUCUUCUCCGAGGCUGCUGCGAAAACGCAUGUCCGCCAAAAUCAGGAUUUGAUUGCACCGCUGCCCAACGGACUCGCCCCACCUGACGCUGUUGCCCUUGUAGACCCCUUAUUACAGCGCAGACUACUGGUGGAUGGUGCCGGCAGCGCGGUCGGCCAGGCUCUGGUGCAGGUCGCGAGCGCUGUUGGCGCCGAUAUCUUUGCUAUGGUUAACAGGAGAGAAGAACGUGAUCUCCUCACCGAGCGAUAUGGCAUAUCCAAGGACCGCGUCUUCGACGCUGGCUUAGAGAACUUCAUUCCAGUGAUUCAGGCAACUACCAAGGGCCGUGGGCUUGAUGUCGUUAUUAGCCAGCGCACCCCUUCCCAUGUCCCUGGCCUGAUGUCAACUCUGAGUGAGUUUGGCCAGUUUGUUGACCUGAACGGUGAGAACUCUCAGGCUCUACUUCCAGGCAGUAAGACCAACGCGUUCAGAGACUACAACCUGCAGGGGCCAUCCCCGCGGACAAUUGUGCCCGUCAGCAAGCUUGGAAGUACGAUUGGGACUGUCUUACCCGGGCACUCUGCCGUGUCCUGGGACAAUUCGAGCCCAUUGCUCUUGCGGCCACCCCCAGCUGAGCAACUAAAGCUUGACCAUGAGGCAACUUACGUUCUGGCCGGCGGGUUGGGUGCUCUUGGCCUACAUAUUGCCGACUGGAUGGUUGAAUGUGGUGCCAGGAACCUGGCAUUCCUGUCCCGCUCAGGUGGUGCAAAGAAUCAGCAUGAUCUGGACAGGUUCAGAGAGCGCUCCGUUCAAGUGGAAGCGUUCAAGUGCGAUGUCAACGACGCUGACAAUGUUGCCAAAGUCUUCGGCGCCGUCAAAUCUAGUGGCAGCAGGAUUGCGGGCGUGAUCCAACUUGCCAUGGUGCUUGACGACGGCAUCUUCGAUAACAUGUCGUUUGAUCAGUGGCGCCGUGCCAUUGAGCCCAAGACUAAAGGAUCCCGCAACCUGCUUGCCAACCUCUGGCCUGGGGAUAAGCCCUUCUUUGUUCUCCUCUCAUCUAUCACGGGCGUCAUUGGCAACACGGCACAGGCCAAUUACGCUGCGGGGAAUACCUUUGAGGACGCGUUGGCUCAUCACGCCCGCCAUCAUCUCGGUAUCAACGCCACCAGUGUCGAUGUCGGGUUGGUCACCGACUCGGCACAUUUCACCAACGCUGGUGAGUUUGGAGACCUCGCCGGGUACCUGGGUCGAUACCAACAUGGAUGGCGAGGCCUGCAGACGAACCUUGACGAGCUCGGGGUCGUGCUGCGGGCCAUCAUGCGAGGCUCGACCACAGAUGGACAGAGCGUGCCCGCUCAGAUAGUCCUCGGCCUCGAAGACCGCAUCGAGCAUAAUCCUAGCAUCGGGGGUUUCUCGAGAGACAAGAAAUUUGAGCUUCGUGUUGUGAAUUCUGCCAGUCAUCUUAGUGAUAAAUCCGGCAAGCAAGACGUGGGUACACUCUUGACCAGUGCGACCAGCAUGGCCCAGGCAGUCGCCGCUGUCGAGGACAACAUCAAAACUUUGGUUGCUGCAGCCAUGGGUGUUUCGGUGGAUGAGAUUGAUGCCCAGAAGCCUCUGUACGACUAUGGCGUUGACUCGCUACAAGCGGUAGAAGUCCGCAACCGUGCGCUGAAGGAUAUGAAAAGUGACAUCUCCGUGUUUGAUAUCUUGAGUGCUAUGCCCUUGGCUGAUGUAGCUGGCAAGAUUGCUGCCCACAGCCAGCUGGUCAAGGUCUCUGCAAGCGAGGAGUGA